AUGAUUGAAAAUAAUCGUAAACUUAUGCUGACGAAUUCUAGAAAUACACCACAUUCACUAAAAUCUCCAUUAAAAUUAUAUCAAACAUGUAUAAGAUUUUGGUCAAAAUUACACUUAGUAGUGCAUAUACUGUGUAGGCAUGCAGUUGGACGUAAACCUGGAAAAUGCGCUGAAUGUAAUUCAUUCAAUCAACCAUAUUCAGAUGAUUAUAAAGAUGAGAGUCAGUUUUGGAGGUGGAAGAAGAAUUCACAAAGGCAAUCUUCAAAAUACUGUAAAACUCAGAUAAGUAGUUGUAGUAAUAGUAAGGAAUGUAAAACAAAUUAUCAAGAUUAUUCCUCCGAAGAAUCAUCAACAUCCGAGUCAGAUGAAAACUAUCGAUGUAAAUCUUCAAACCCUUUGUUAUUUCCAGAAGGAUUACAUAAUUUAGAAACACAUAUUGAUGCAUAUCAUCUUCCUCAGAUUGAAAUAGCCUUCUGGUUGAAACAUCAGUCCAUUAAAGGGGAUAAUACAGAAUAUAACUGGAUUUAUUCAUGUCCAUUGUGUCAGUUGAUUUCUAUAUCUUAUGAUUUGAGUACACAACACGAAAAUAGACUAUCUGACCAAUUAACAAAUCGUAUUACCAGUAAUGCAAUGCUUCAAGCCCAUAUAGUAUGCUUUCAUGCUGGUGCGAAUCAAAUUGACUCACUGUUAGGCAUUUGUCAAGUAUGUUCUUUAAAUAAGCAGAUUAGUGAAAGUAUCACAUUCAUUGAUGUCAAAACGAAUUACACAAAUCAAGUAUACACUUUAACAAACAUUUAA